UAUAAAAAAAUGAGUAUAAUUAAAUGUUGGAGGAGACUUGCGAACUUCCAUUUGUUUUAUGCAGAACCCAACAGAAACUUGGCGAGUGAAACAAUCGUCGCCAAACAGAUUGAGCAAAUUGUUUACACCGGAAGUAGUAUUUUAUCAACAGACUACCACGUGGUCGAUUGUAACCACAGAAGUGAAUCUGGAAACAACAGAAUUUAAAGAAUUAUAUUUAUUUUUUCUUUUCAGUGUAUUUAUUUUAAAGCUUUUCAUGUCUGAAACCUCAUAUAUCUGUUCAAGAUUUUGAAAAUGUACCUUUAGUGAAUAUAAAGACACCAUUGAAUUCAAAAUCAUCAAUGUCAAAAAUUAACAAUGAAAAAUUAUACUUUGUUUGUUGGAGAGGGCAAUUUUUCCUUUUCAGCCAGCUAUAUACAAAAUUUGAUACACCCAGAAUGUCAUGAACAAGUUAUAGCAACAGCUCUAAUCAACAGAUGUCUAAAUUCUGAAGAAAAAUCUAAUAUCCAGUUUAUUGAAGAUCAUGGAGGAACAGUUUUCACAGAUGUGGAUGCUACCAAGCUUGAAUAUCAUCCUGUUAUUAGCAAAUAUCUUUUUUCAAAAAUAUAUUUUUAUUUUCCUCAUGUGCCGAAAAAAAUGAAUAUCAAAGAAAAUCGAAAAUUAGUUGAAAAUUUCUUUAUAAGUGCAGAAAAAGUUCUUCAGGAAAAUGGAAAUAUCAUUGUAACUUUAUGCCGUAAACAAGGUGGUACAGAUGCUGAAGUGAUGCCAAGACUCUUUGAAAAUAGUUGGAAAAUUGUAAAUUUAGCUGCCAGUGCUGGUCUUAUAUUAUGUGACAUAGAAUUUUUUAAUUCUCAGCUUUAUAAUAGCUAUAAAUGCACCGGUUACAGAGGCCUUUCAAAGAAAUUUGAUACAGAUGGAGCUGUGACCCAUUUUUUCUGUAGAGGCCAGGCAGUGUUAAUGCCAGCUGAUAAAUCUGGAAUUCAUAAUUUAUCUAAUAAGAAAAAUUUCAUUCAUGAUAUUAAAUGUGUUUUUGAGUGUCUCACAAGAAAAGUCAGCUCACCAUACUCUAAAAUAGUCUCUGUCAUAGAUGAUGUUGCGAGCUCCAGUUUUAUUUCACUUCAGAAAAUUUUUAUAAGUAAUUUACUUUUUUGUAGAGCUGCUGUUUCACCGUGUGCUUCCAUACCUCAAAAUGAAAAAUUGAGUAACUGUGAUAGUAUAAAUAUAUGUUGUAAAUGUUUAGAUACUAUUAUAUCAGAAUUUCUAAGGUCUAAAGAGAAUGAUGAACAGAAUGAAAACAAUACAAUAACAUCACUAAUUUCUUGCAUUUGUUGUAUGCACUAUUUUAAAACUCAUUUCCACCCAUUUAUGCACUUUGUAUCUUAUUUUAGUUCUUCUUUGGAUUCUCUCCUGAGAGGAUUUCAGUCAAUAUUAGAAAGCAUAAAAUUAAACUUCCCAUUAAAUUCUAAGGAUUUUUGUUGGAAUGACCUGUCUAGUUAUAUAAAUGCAAAGCCAAUUAUUCCUGAUCAGUCUCAUUAUUUACUUAAUAAUCCAGAGUAUAUUCAGUCCAUUUAUUUAACUUGUUCAGUUGCAAAGAGCAACUGCUGUGUUUUCUAUACAGAUAUAGAAAUAGUUAUGGAACAUAGGAAAAAUUUUUGCCCAUCAUCCAUUAAAAACAAUUUUGAAAUAGGUCAAAUUAUAAAAUUUACUCAUCUUUCAAAAAUGUAUUAUGUUAUUUUGUUAAAUUUAGAAACAAUAUCAAGCAUAAAGUUUCAUGUGAUGGAUUAUAGAAUCUUAUUGUUGCAGGAUUCAUAUUUUUGUAAUAAAGUUUGUCAGGACUCUUUAUGUUUAGUGUAUCGUCCUCUAAGCUUGUACCCACCUUUAUAUUUGCACGAUAUUAGUUUCUGGAUAAAUGAAAGCUUUUCAGAAGAAUCACUCUUCAUAUUAGCAUGGAAUAUUGUUGGAGAAUUGGUUAAAAGUAUCAAGCUAAUUGAUAUAUAUCAAGACAUUUUGACAAAAAGAGAAAGUAGAUGCUAUCGUUUUUAUUAUCAAUCCUUCAAUAAGGCUCUAGAUAAAGAAGAAUUAUUGAAAAUACACCUAUAUGUUAGAAAAGCUAUUGAAGAUAAUUUAAAAAUACAAUUGAGAUAAUGUUUUAAAUCUUUUAGCUUUUCAUGAAAAUCCUUCAUUCUUUUAUUAUGAGUCAUUCUUUGCAGAAAGACCUGUAAAAAACGUGUGCUCUUGUUUAAAUAUUAUAUGAAUUUUAUUAAUUAUUAUGCUACAUAUAUAUAUAUU